CGCAGUGACGCCACGGCGCGACGUGCGCCGGGUCAAAGUGUAGCCCCGCCCCCGCUUCCCCCUCGCUGUCUCCUCGGCCUGCGCCGCCGCCGCCGCCGACGCCGCUCCGUCAGCUCCGCCGCCUUCCUGCCCGAGCGCUGCCCGGCCGGCCGCCAUGGCGAACGUGGUCGACACGAAGCUGUACGACAUCCUGGGCGUCCCGCCCGGCGCCAGCGAGAACGAGCUGAAGAAGGCAUACAGAAAGUUAGCCAAGGAAUACCAUCCUGAUAAGAAUCCAAAUGCUGGUGACAAGUUCAAAGAGAUUAGUUUUGCGUACGAAGUGCUGUCGAACCCCGAGAAGCGCGAGCUGUAUGACCGCUAUGGCGAGCAGGGGCUCCGGGAAGGGAGCGGCGGCGGCGGCGGCAUGGACGACAUCUUCUCGCACAUCUUCGGGGGCGGGCUGUUCGGCUUCAUGGGCAACCAGAGCAGGAGUCGGAACGGCCGGAGGAGAGGCGAAGACAUGAUGCACCCUCUCAAGGUGUCUUUAGAAGACCUGUAUAACGGCAAGACAACCAAACUACAGCUCAGCAAAAAUGUCCUCUGCAGUGCGUGCAACGGCCAAGGCGGGAAGCCGGGGGCCGUGCAGAAGUGCAGCGCCUGCCGGGGCCGAGGCGUCCGCAUCAUGAUCCGGCAGCUGGCGCCGGGCAUGGUGCAGCAGGUGCAGUCCGUGUGCUCCGACUGCAACGGUGAAGGGGAGGUGAUCAACGAGAAGGACCGCUGUAAAAAGUGCGAAGGGAAGAAGGUGAUUAAAGAGGUCAAGAUCCUCGAGGUGCACGUGGACAAGGGCAUGAAGCACGGCCAGCGGAUCACGUUCACCGGGGAGGCAGACCAGGCUCCCGGCGUGGAGCCGGGGGACAUCGUCCUGCUGCUGCAAGAGAAAGAGCACGAGGUGUUCCAGAGAGACGGGAGCGACCUGCACAUGACGUACAAGAUCGGGCUCGUCGAAGCCCUCUGCGGGUUCCAGUUCGCCUUCAAGCACCUCGACGGCCGUCAGAUCGUGGUGAAGUACCCCCCCGGCAAAGUCAUCGAGCCAGGGUGUGUGCGCGUGGUCCGCGGCGAGGGGAUGCCGCAGUACCGGAACCCCUUCGAGAAGGGAGACCUUUACAUCAAGUUCGACGUGCAGUUCCCGGAGAACAACUGGAUCAACCCGGACAAGCUUUCUGAGCUGGAAGACCUCCUGCCCUCGAGGCCAGAAGUCCCGAACGUCAUCGGCGACACGGAGGAGGUGGAGCUGCAGGAUCUGGACAGCACGCGGGGCUCGGGCGGCGGACAGAGGCGCGAAGCCUACAACGACAGCUCCGACGAGGAGGGCAGCAGCCACCACGGACCCGGGGUGCAGUGCGCCCACCAGUGAGCCCGUGCGCGGCGCGGGCGGCCCUCCUCCCUCGUCUGCCUGGUGGUCGGCGACCGGCCGGAGUGUCUGGGCGGUCCACAUGAACUGAUGGACGUUUCUUGGUCUCCGUGUAACUUUUAAAAUGGGUAGAGUAUCUACAGAGUGUAUAAUUUAAACUAACCACCCAGCUCCCAUCUUCACCCGGGCCCUCCUGCAGCAGGACAGAGCACUUGAGGAGAAGCGAGACUUUCACACGUGGGUUCUGCGUUUCGGUCCUGCCGUCUGUGCUUGAUUUUCAUCAGUUUCGUGUAGAUUUUUUGUUUCGUAUUUUAAGUUCAGUCCCACAUUGUAAAGUUUGUGUACAAUUUGUCAUGGAAGCUUUGCGUUUGGCUGCAUCUGCAUAAUAAGCUGCUACAAAUAGAAUAAAGGAUUUCACCGCCUGUAU